CUCUCUCUCCCCUCCCAUGGAGCACGUUAAUAUCACACCAAACCUCAAAGAACAAUCCCAUCAAUCCAAACCCAAAAGGACCAGAACAAUAAUCAGCCGUUUCCUUGGAUUUUUUGGAUUUUCUAGGAAACCAAGAUCAUUUCCCGAGAAAAAACCCAACAAAAUUGAUAUCCUCCCAGAAAGAAAGAAAUUAAAGAGACAAAGAAGUUGGUUUCCUUGGUCAUGGUUUUGCAUCAAGAGCCCAGGCACCAAAACUGUCCCCUUGGACUCUACCGUGCCUGACAGUAUGAGAACUCCUAAUGCUUCAAAGUCAAAGCGUCAAAAACCCUUAACCAAUCACGGGACGCCCCGUCAAACUCCGGCAAGAGUCAGUUCAGAUCGAGCGCCGAAAGGGAGACCGGAGCAGACAUGGUACAGGUCUGAGCAAGACAUCAUCCUCGAAAAUGGGAAACCUUCGGAUCACGCGGAAAAUCAGAAGGACGGCACGAGUAAAAAACGGCUGUCCUUUCGCCGGAAAAUAGAUGCUAUCAGAAGCGGCACGAGCCAACCCGGUUCACCGGAAGUCAAGGCAAAGUCCAUUCGAAUCGUAUCGAUAACCCGAUCAACAUCCUCCCCCUCACUGCCACAUGAAAAAUCAGCAACAGUGCCAAACACGCUGGGGAGAUCCUGGGUCAUGGCUGGGAAGCCCCAUAAAGAAAAUGAUCGUCCAAAUGGGAAGAAACUUGACCCGUUGGUCGGUAUGUCGAUUGUUGUUAUGACCUUGAUGAUAAUGUUGCUAUGGGGUAAAUUAUGUGCCAUUCUUUGUGCCUCUGCUUGGUUCUACUUUGUCCCUCGAUUAAGAAGUGAAGACGACGUGAAAAAUGGUUUGAUUCAAAGAGAAUUUAAUCUUGAUUCCGAGGAAUAUAAGAAGAAAGUGGUCUUAGAGGGAUUCCUUGAGCGCAAACGUCGCUCUAUAUCAUGAGUUCUGGUUGUUUAGAUAAAUUUUUCACUCUCUCUUAAAUGUGCAUAUUUCUCUUUUCAUAAAUAUUUUUGAAUCACCUUGAGCAUUUAAUUUUCAAGAAUUAUUUUCCUGUUUCUCAAAAUUCUUGAUGUAUAUGACUUACAUGUUAGUUAUGGCGAUGGUUUUUCUUUUCUUUU